AUGGCGGUGCCAUCGUGGCGGAUCAUAAACAGUGACGAGGCGUCUGGUCAUGGUCGAAUAUCCCCUCUAGAGACGGCGCGCACAUCUACAGCAGCUCCAAGCAUAUCAUCUCCACGACCGCCCCCUUUCACUUACCUGCCGCCAGAGCUGCGGCUGCGCAUCUACAACUGCGCCAUCGAGCCUCGUCUCCUGCUGCUGAACGAUCUCGUCGACGUCGAGUGCGCCCACCCGCUGCCGGCGGUGACCCAAGUCAAUUCAGAAGCACGCAUUGAAGCACGCGCUGGCUAUGAGCGGGUAGGCAAGGGAUCCUACUUCAACUUUGCGCGAGAUCUACUGGUCUGCGACUAUCGCAUCGCGGAUCGGACGACUUUUGACUCGGUAGCCGAGGACAUUGCAUCGCGAGCGGAGCGUGUCGUCUUCUGGGACUGUGUCCCGGACGAGCAGAGAAUCGCCCUACCAAAACACUACUUUGACUAUGUGUCCCAGUGGUGCGACCAGGACGUCGACGGGCAAGUCACGCUCGACAGGUUCUGGUUCCCCAACGUGAAGGAAUUCUGGUCUGUCAAAGUGGGCGACGUGGCGCGAAGCUGGCACGUCCACUUUGACAAGAGCGCGCCCUGCAGCGAGCGCAUACAACAAGCCGCGCGCGAGUAUCGAUACUGGGUGGACGCCAACGUCGUGGAAGUGGCGACGCUGGAUCUAAGCCAGGAUGCCAUGUCGCGACUGGUCUUGCGAGAAGGACGAUGCGACAACGACAAUUGCCAGAGGUACAAUGUGGGGAGGACACACAUCCUCUCCAAGGUCAACUUUAUGGACGGCGACUACUGCCCACCGGACGACGGGAGGGAAUGGUAUCAUGUCAGGUUAUCCGAGGAGACAAGGUGCGAGGUCGAUGGGUGUCGUGCUGCGGCCGCGAGGCUGCGAUGGUCAUUGGUGGAGAGAAGCUUCACAUUCUUCUUGCGAUGGGACUGGCCGAUGGAUAUGGCUGGCGUGGCAAGGAAACGCAACCGCUUGGAAUACACUGGCCACAGGCAUGGUCUGUACUCGUCGCAUUGA